AUGGGCAAAACAUUCGAAAAGAUCAACGCCUGCUCCGCCGGGAACUUCGGCAGCAACAGCAACAAGAUCCCCCAGUGGGUCAAAGCCAACGGAGGCCAGUACUCUAAGAGCGUCGUCGAGGGCGUCACCCAUCUCAUCACGACUGUCGAGGCAUACAAGAAGGAUGUCGAAGCCGUGCGAAUGGCCAAGCAACUCCAGACUGUCAAGAUCGUGUCGUACGACUGGUUGAGUGACUCGCUACUUUCGAAAACCCUGAAGCCCAAAGCGGAGAAGCAGUAUCUUCUGGAGAAUGUUGUGAAGAAGGAGAAGAAGGGCAAAUCGCAGGUCAAGAAGGGUGUGGCGAAGAAUCCCAAGAAGCCUAAGGGGAACGGUGCAGGGAAAGCUAAAGGUUCUGCUAAAGCCUCCUCUCGUUCUAUCAAAACCAAACCUGCCGCCUCCAACCCAGAGUACCAGAUCUACAUGGACAAAGAAAACCACACAACCCACAGCGCAACGCUCUACCGCCAGCAGCUCUCUAGAAACUCCAGAGAGAAGUUCCAGCUCAAGAUGUACGAAACCAAGAAAGAGCCACACACAUACACGACCUACACGAAGUACACUCGCACAGGCGUGUCUAAAUCCGAGCUCCUAGCCCCACUGGACAGCACUCUCGACAUUGCCCUAUCCGCGUUCAAAGCGUUCUUCAAAGACAAGACCGGUCUGGACUGGGAAGAGAGAGCGAGCACCACUCCUCUACUUCCUAAGGCGGAUGGCGAGGGAAACGCGCUGCCCCCUCAUGAGGGAUGGUUCCAUUAUGAUGAGCGUGUUGGGCUGCUGUCUAGUAUUCUGAAGAGAGAUCGAGAGGAUGCUUUUGACGCUAGCAAAUUCAAGUAG